AUGAUAUUUCAGCAAUAUCUUGAUAUAGACAGGGGAGAAAAAUGCAUGUUUCCAGUGCCGUCAAUCUGUCUCCGGACAGAUGAUGAACGGUUGGCGAUUCAGAAAUGGACAGUUCGCUCAGCUUUGCAACAUUUGCGGGUAACCCAUGUCUUUUCUCUUCUUUCUGUAUUACUUUCUCUGUAUGAAGAGGGGAGAUUUUGUGAUGCAUUUCAUCAACAUCAGGAUGGCUGGAGAAACUGUGAAUCUUGUCAAAAGGCCAUUCACUGUGGAUGUAUUGCAUCUUUUAAACAGUUCAUGCCAUCAGAUUCUUGUGGAAUCAUAUGCAGGAAAUGUUCAGAGCUUAGCAUUAUUAUGGCGCGGAGGAGUAACCUGCUGGUGGCUGCAACUCCGAGUCCUAGCUUGGUCGAUGCAAAUCAGGAAGAGAUGAAAAUGAUUGGCAAGAUGUGUACAGGCUCUGUCGUGAUUCCCCUGUUUGAGAAACAGUUGUCUGCUAUCGACGCGGAUCAGAGACUGGGACGACUUGUUAUACCUACAAAGUUUGCAGAGGUUUGAGAAACAGUUUGUUAUCUGUUAAUAGUUUAGUUGAUGUAUGUUUGUUUGAGGAUAAUGAUUGUCAAACAGGUAUUCUUCCCGGAGAUUUCAGAACCAGGAAGAGGAUGUCGUCUUAAAUUCUUGGACACUAAUGGGAAGGAAUGGGAGUUUGGUUUCGGGUACUGGUUGAAUGGAGAUAACAAGGUGUAUGCUCUUGACGGGCUCAAUGAAUUUAUGAUUUUGAAGCAAUGGCGAGCAGCUGAUGUGGGUAAGUUGUUAACUUUCUUUUGGUUAUUUUUCGAAGAAUAUUCAUGUUUCUGAUCUUAUUAGUUGAUUUUCAGUGACCUUUUAUAGAAUUGAUCCUGAGAAGAAGUUUGUCAUAGGUUUGAUCAAAUCAGCUGCUAAUCAGCAAAC